UCAAAAUCUGUACUUGCAAUUAAGCAAGCUGGUUUGGGGUCUGAUCUCAUUUCAGCACACUGACAUGAGUGCAAUAAUUGUUCAGCAGACAUAAACAUUUCAAAAUGAAGAUGACAUUUAUUCGUGAGGAGACUAUGAAACUCCUUGGGUAGUUACACCAAAAGGAUAAACAUUAUGAAGAACAAAAAUCUUGCCCUAUUUAUCUUGAUUGGCAUCUGCAUUUCUAAAUGAUCUGAUGACUGCUCCAACCUCUGACCCUUCGCUUACUGGGCUACACUGAAAGCGUCUUGGAGACUACUCAGCCUUGCAUUUCACCUCCCGCGCGCUGCGAGAAGCAGGUGCACAGCAAACACUCAUUGACUUGAUGAGUUAACGGUCUCUGUUGUCUUGCAGUGCAUUUAUUUAUUUUUAUACCUCAAAUCACUAACCAGACAGUCUGAAUAUGAAACUUCUGAACGUGCAGGAUGCUAUGUAAGGCGUGUGUAGGGCACAAUCCAGAGCCCCCAGCCUCCUGGGAAGCCAAGCCAAGGAAGGCUUCUAGGGUGAGGCGCAGUCUGUGGGCAGCAGAUGACUGCGCAGUGCGGGUAGGGGGAACAAGAGGAGGCCCUUCAGAUAUACAAUACCCCUCCUUGAGAUGGGAGGGAACGUGGGCAGGACUAAACGGAAUGACCAAGGCAGGCGCUUGGACCUCUGCGAGGACGACUAUGCAGGGGCUGAAAGGUGGUUUUAAACACAACGUUAAAUCUGCAGAUGCUCUGAGUUUUCUGAGAGUCACCGAUUCACCAAGGGCUGAAAGGGACCGGGUGAACUUGCCGCUCCCCUUCCCUGCAGCGCGGCCUCAGAGGCCCCGACCGCGGAGGCCGGGUCUGUCUCCCUCGUUAGCCACACCGUCAGCCCACACACGUUCCUCUGUUGCCGUUUCUGCUUAAUUCCUCCUAUGUGAGAUCUCACAACCAAUCACUUGGUCUCUGCAUCCAGAAAAUAAACUAUCAUAAAGCAUCCUACGGCGGGUACUGAAGUUUGCUUUUUGUUUCUAGGCGUGUUUUCAGGACUGCACGGCAACAUGAACAAAAUCUGACUGCCGCUGGGCCGAGGGGACCCUUUCGUCUCUCUCCAGAACUUUCAGUGACACCACGACUAUGGCAGCGCCACGGCUGCACUGCUCGAAGCCGCCAGUUCCGUAGGCGGCUUGGCCGAAGGCGGCCACGCGUUUCCACUGCCGAGGGCCAGAGGCGCCAGGAAGUUUAUACAUCCUCCUUCCACGGUCCCCUGGCGCGGGGUGCAGUGACCAGCGGAGAGGGCGCACGGGCUGUCUCUCUAAAGAAGAGCCGUCUUCUGAAGUGGCCAGUCCCGGGCUCGGUCCACUUCGGGAGAGGGAGAAAGUUGGGCGGGAGCGCUAGGCGGGACUGGGGGCGCGGGUGGAAGUCGGGUCGGCCCCCGCGCGCGAGCCGGGGUGGAGCCAGCGGCCCGGCGAGGCGUCAGCGUUUAAGAUGCAAAUCGAGUCUGUGCUGCCUCCCGCCCCCCACGCCGGGUGAGCGAGGCUCCGCCGCUCCGCGGCCGCCCCCGCCUCCUGCGCGCCGCUGCGCCCGUGCCUCGCCCGAGCGGCUCUACUUAAGCGGCGCGCGGACCGCGACCCGGCACUCGCCUGGAGCGCGCGGGAGAAGCGCACCGGAGCUCACGGGGGCGCACAGGGGCGCGCUCGCACCGCCUGGCUCCGAGCGGCUCCGAGCGGCUCUCAGCAGCUGCGGCGGCGGCCGGGGCGCAGGGCCGAGCGAGCGUCGGGCUCCGGGGCUCUCCGAAAGGCGGCCCCGCUCCCGCCCGGGCCACUUCCCUGCCAUGGCUCUGGCGGACAGCACACGUGGAUUACCCAACGGGGGCGGUGGAGGCGGGGGCGGCAGCGGCUCCUCGUCGUCCUCCGCGGAGCCGCCGCUCUUCCCAGACAUCGUGGAGCUGAACGUGGGGGGCCAGGUGUACGUGACCCGGCGCUGCACUGUGGUGUCAGUGCCCGACUCCCUGCUCUGGCGCAUGUUCACGCAGCAGCAGCCGCAGGAGCUGGCCCGGGACAGCAAAGGCCGCUUCUUUUUGGACCGGGACGGCUUCCUCUUCCGCUAUAUCCUGGAUUACCUGCGGGACCUGCAGCUCGUGCUGCCCGACUACUUCCCCGAGCGCAGCCGGCUGCAGCGCGAAGCCGAAUACUUCGAGCUGCCGGAGCUGGUGCGUCGCCUCGGGGCCCCCCAGCAGCCCGGCCCGGGGCCGCCGCCGCACACGCGACGCGGUGUGCACAAGGAGGGCUCGCUGGGCGACGAGUUGCUGCCGCUCGGCUACGCGGAGCCCGAGCAGCAGGAGGGAGCCUCCGCCGGGGCGCCGUCGCCCACACUGGAGCUGGCUAGCCGCAGCCCGUCCGGGGGCGCGGCGGGCCCGCUGCUCACGCCGUCCCAGUCGCUGGACGGCAGCCGGCGCUCCGGCUACAUCACCAUCGGCUACCGCGGCUCCUACACCAUAGGGCGGGACGCGCAGGCGGACGCCAAGUUCCGGCGGGUGGCGCGCAUCACCGUGUGCGGCAAGACGUCGCUGGCCAAGGAGGUGUUUGGGGACACCCUGAACGAAAGCCGGGACCCCGACCGGCCCCCAGAGCGCUACACGUCGCGCUAUUACCUCAAGUUCAACUUCCUCGAGCAGGCCUUCGACAAGCUGUCCGACUCGGGUUUCCACAUGGUGGCCUGCAGCUCCACGGGCACCUGCGCCUUCGCCAGCAGCACCGACCAGAGCGAGGACAAGAUCUGGACCAGCUACACUGAGUACGUCUUCUGCAGGGAGUGAGCCCCCAGACCCCCUGCGACUCCAGCGCCCGUUCCUCCUCCUUCCUGCCCGAGAGACGAUUACCGCUCCUCUGUGCCCCAGCUCCACUUCCCCUGUCUCCUUCUCCAGCAGUAGCUGGGCCAGACCCGUCUCCUUCGCCCCCAGAACCUGCUGCAGCCACAAAUCCUCUGGGCUGCUUCGUCGUCUUUGGACCCCCGUAAUCGGAGAGAAUCCGGACGUACCUCCACCCCAAGCCGCCUCUACUCCCCGCCUCACCCUGCCCCUCCCGCAGGUGGUACUUUAGUCUCGAUCUGGUGGGACAGUGGCCACAAAGUCACCAAGUACCGAGCAAUGAUUGCAUUGUUUAGAACCUGACGGGACCGUGUCCAGGGUGUGGAAGAUACCUGGUAAUCCUCUCGCGCCGUUUUGACUCAUUGGUGGUUUAAGAGAUCAGAAUUGGUAACGAUGGGGAUAGUGUAUUAAAGGGCCGUUACGCAAUCUUUUUGACUCUUUGAAGGUUAAGUUUUAGAAGGCUGAAUGGAAGACUGAUCCUGGAAUUAGGACUGCGAGGAGGCAGUUUAAGUGACUGUAAAUGAAUGAAGUUUUGAAAAGUUACAGGUAAAAUCAGAACAAUCUAGUGCUGCUAGAUUGAAGGAACAAUGAACUGAAGGGUCCUGUCUUUCCCAUACAGAAUAAGAAAGUCUUUGCAGCUUAAACUUGUAAAAAGUGAGCCUCCUUACUGCGGAGGUGUCCUUUGUCAUCUGCUUGUCGCCAGAGCCCUUAGUUCCACUGGUUGACAUAGCAGCCCUUACAGGCAAAAGGGACAAAAAGGGCGCUGGCCCCUACGAGGGCAGGACUGCCCAGGACUCCCAAGACCGCUGCUGGGAGGCACCUGCAGUCGCCCUACCGCAGGUCCUGGGUGUCAGGAAAGCCUGUACUCCUGUAGUGAAUGGCAAUAGGACCUUCCUUAGCUCUAAG